AUGGAGGCUUCUAGGAAUAUACAUAUGCUAGAAGGACAAUCCACGACUAGGCCACCCCUUUUCACCGGUAGCAACUUUGCCUAUUGGAAAGCUAGGAUGAGAAUUUGUUUACAAUGCAUUGACCUUGAUAUCCUAGACAUUGUGGAGAAAAAAUAUGUCAAGAAGCUUAGUAGUGAAAUGACCGAGGAUGAGAGGAAACUAGCUAACCUUAACAUUAAGGCCAUGAAUGCACUAAUUUGUGGUCUUACCCCCAUUGAUUAUAAGAGAGUUUCUACAUGUGCAACCACACACGAAAUUUGGGAGAAGUUAUGCAUUACUCAUGAGGGAACACCCCAAGUGAAGCAGUCUAAAAUUAGUGGACUCAUACAUGAUUAUGAAUUAUUUAAAAUGCUUCCAAGUGAUUCUAUUGACUUUAUGUUUUCUCGAUUCACUAAUAUUAUAAAUGAAUUGCAUGGUCUUGAUAAGGUCUUGGAGAAUCAAGAGAUGUGCUACAAAAUUCUUUGCUCUUUGAUGCCGGCUUGGGAACCUAAAGCUACAGCCAUUAAAGAAGCACAUGAUCUAUCUACUCCCACUCUUAAUGGACUUAUUGGCAAGCUCAAGGUACAUGAGAAGAAGGUUAAGGAGAAGGAAGAAGCACCCUCAAAGGCAGCCGAGGUGCCACCCUCAAGGGAGCAAUUGACUCAUCCUCCUCGGAUAGUGAAGAUGAUGUUCUUAGGACAUCCUACUAGAAAAUGCUAUGUCUUCAAGGAUAUUCUGCAAAACCUAGUGAAUGUCAAUGUGCUUACGUUGAAGCCCGAGCAGAAGAGCAUAUCCACCAAUUUGAUAACGGUCCAGUUCAGCGAUUUCCCUUUGGAAGCAGCUGUAGAUGGUGUUGUUCCCAUCCCUAAAGAGGAAAUGCACAGGAAAAAUACUGACCGGCUUGGUCAGAAAGAUAAAGGGUGCCACUUAUCAACGAGCACUAUACGUAAUCCUUUACGAACACUUAUGAAAAAGGAUUGA